CUGUAUGCACGACGCCACUUCUUGAACCCCCCGUCUGCUAUCGCCACAUACUGCCAACGGGUCACAGCUGUUGUCUGUUGUGAGGCUCAGGAUGCUUUGCUGCGGCGACUGACCUCCUCGAAGAUGCUCACAGAGGAGGAAAGGGACGUGGUGCGGUGGGGAGGCAACGCCUCAACGGGGGCUAGGAAGGCUAAGGGGAGGGCUGGAUCAACUGUGUAUGCCAACGCCACUGCACUCGAAACACUGAUUGGCUUCCUGUACCUCACCAAUCCUUCCCGCCUGGAACACCUGAUUUACGCAUUAGAGGGUUCUUCCACGAGGAAAACGGCAACGGCUGCAUUCUCCGCCCCCCAGUUCCAUUUUUCCGCGCCACCACCGUAUUCCGCCUCUUCCGCCACCCCGCUUCCCCCCUUCCGCUCCGCCGCCUCCCCUUCCGCCCCGCCCCAUCUCGCCUUCUUUCGUUCCGCUUCCGCAACGUCCUCCAUUCCGCGUAGCGCACCAGGAAGCUUCGCCUUCGCAGCCGCUGGGUUUCACUCCUCUGCUGCUUCCGCGAAUGGCGCCGCAGUCGGCGGCGCCUCCGGCUCUAGCACUAGCGACGAAAGCACCAGCCAAAAUGCAGCCAGCGAGUCCGUUUUGUCUGACGUGCCUCUUCCCUCUGGUGCUGACGUCAGCGGUGCGGUGUUAGGCGACGGUGCCGCUGACGUCAUCAGUGCUGCCACGUCAGACGUGGCGGUGACGGUGGGGUCUGAGCUGGCAGCGGCGGCGGCGCAUUGCUCGGCGCCCAUUGCCGCGUUGCAGCAGCUGAUUGCUGCAGUGCAUGACGUGGCAGGCCUGCCCUGGUGGCUCUCCAUAGCAGCAGCAACGGUGGGAAUCAGGCUCAUCCUGCUGCCUGCAUUCAUCUACCAAGUCAGAUCAACGGUCAAGAUGGCGCUCAUCAAGCCGGAGAUGGAGCGACUGCUGAACAAAGUCAAGGCCGCGGGCUACGACACAGAAGCAGUUGCUCACUACAAUGGCAAGAUGCAAGCACUGCUGAAGAAGCACAACACCAGUCCCUUUGCUCCUCUCCUCGGGAUCUUCCUGCAAGCGCCCAUCUUCAUCGGAUUUUACUUUGCUAUCACAGGCAUGGCAGAGCACAUGCCAUCGUUCACAACGGGUGGGGCCUUUUGGUUCACCGACCUCACCACACCGGACACCACCUACCUGCUGCCUCUCAUGUCCUCUGCUGGCAUUCUAGCAGCAGUAGAGCUGAACGCAGCAGAGGGCAUGGAGGGAGCACCCAAUGCAGCGCAGAUGAAGUGGUUUAUGCGAGGGCUUGCUGUGACCAUGGUGCCGCUUACUGUCACCUUCCCUAAGUCACGCAGACGGCCAUCGUCCUUGUCACGCCUUUCUAUAGUCACAUGCCAACUGGGCGAUUCAAACGAGGGCGGGGAGUCCGUAGUGGCUCGGCCAUUCGAGGCUGAGACGGAGGCUCGGGAACAAGCCAGGCUCGCAGCUUCGGAUCCGAACCGACGAUACCAGGAGAUGAUGCAACGGAGGGAAGAGAGCCGACAACAGACCAUGCGAGAGUACGGCGAUCUGAAGAAGCAGUUGUCUCAGACGGCUAUAGGAGUGGGGGCUGCAGGCACGCUCUACUGCUUCCUCGGAAUCUCCAUUCAGACUGCCAUCAGCUAUGGCAUCGGAAGCGCUGCCAGCUGUCUCUACCUGCUACUGCUAUUCAACGGCACUGACACCAUUGCCCCUGAGGACCUGCCUCCCGCCUUCCUUAUUGACCGGAACAAGCCCAAGAGGAAGGGCCUGGUUGACAGUCUAGCAACGGUCGAUUCCCCCCAGAAGCUAGUGCAGGGGGCCCAGCUCGCCCUCUCCUCCCGCCGCCUGCUUGUGCCUGCUGCCCUCGUGCUGCUCUGGGCCUUCUCAGUGCAAUUCAGUGGCAGCGAUCCCAACAGCUUGCACAUCGAGUUCGCCCCCCUCUUUAUAGGUUUCCUCUCUUACAAGAUUGCAGUGUUGCUUUUCACGAUUGAAGAUGUUACCAAGUAA